CUGCUGCUGCUGCUGCCGCUCCUGCCGCCGCUGCCCCGACCCGGAGCCGCCCAGGAGCUCAGCCCCAGGGGCCGCAACGUCUGCCGGCCGGAGGGCUCCACGGUGCCCGCCUGCUGCCCCGGGUGGAGACAACAUGGCGAAGAAUGUCCGAUCGCGGUGUGCGAAGGGAACUUCAGCUGCUCGGAGAACGAGGUCUGCGUCCGGCCCAGCGACUGCCGCUGCCGCCACGGCUACUUCGGGGCCAACUGCGAAACCAAGUGCCCGCGCCAGUUCUGGGGCCCCGACUGCAAGGAGCUGUGCAGCUGCCACCCCAACGGGCAGUGCGAGGACACGACAGGCCAGUGCACCUGCCACGCCAACCGCUGGGGCCCGCGCUGCGAGCACGCCUGCCUCUGCAAGCACGGGGCCUGCCACCCGCGCAGCGGCGCCUGCACCUGCGAGCCGGGCUGGUGGGGCCCGCAGUGCGCCAGCGCCUGCUACUGCAGCCAGACCUCCCAGUGCGACCCGCUGGCGGGCACCUGCGCCUGCCACGCGGGCUGGUGGGGCCGCAGCUGCAACAACCAGUGCGCCUGCCACAGCUCGCCCUGCGACCAGUUCAGCGGCCGCUGCCAGUGCCGCGAGCGGACCUUCGGCCUGCACUGCGAGCGCUACUGCCAGUGCCACCGGGGCCGCUGCAACCCCGUGGACGGGACCUGCAGCUGCGAGCCGGGCUACCGGGGCAAGUACUGCCGGGAGCCCUGCCCCGCCGGCUUCUACGGACAGGGCUGCCGCCGCCGGUGCGGCCAGUGCAAGGGGCUACAGCCCUGCACCGUGGUGGACGGCCGCUGCCUGACCUGCGAGCCCGGCUGGAACGGGACCAAGUGCGACCAGGCGUGCGCCUCGGGCUUCUACGGGGACGGCUGCCAACGGCUCUGCCCGCCCUGCCGUGACGGGCACACCUGCAACCACGUCACCGGCAAGUGCUCGCGCUGCAACGCAGGCUGGAUCGGAGACCGGUGUGACAUCAGAUGCAGCAAUGGCACCUUCGGGGAAGACUGUGCCUUCGUCUGCAGUGACUGCUUCAGCGGCCAGUGCCACUUCCAGUCUGGACAGUGCCUGUGCGGCGCCGGUUCCCACGGCCCUCACUGCAACCUGACCUGCCCGCCCGGGCUCUUCGGGGUCAACUGCGCCCAAUCCUGCAGCUGCCGUGAGGACUCCUGCGACCCUAUGACCGGCGCCUGCCGCAUGGACGUGAACCAGCGGGUGGGGGUUAUGGGGGCCGGAGCUCUGCUGCUCUUCCUGCUGCUGGCCGCCCUGCUCUUCCUGCUGGGCUACUGCUGUGUCCGGCGCCGCCGCCGCCACCGCCAUCAACACCGCCACCGCCAGGCCCGCCCCCCGGAUGGCCCUGACCCCGCAGCCGUCAAGAAGCCCCCCCGACGCCUGUGUGGCCGGUUCAGCCGCAUCAGCAUGAAGCUGCCCCGUCUCCCCCUGCGUCGCCACAAGCUGCCCAAGGUCGUGGUGGCACAUCACGAUCCGGAUCAGACCCUCAACUGCAGCUUCCUGGAGCCGCCCUCUUCGGCCGCCGAGCAGCCGUCACCAUCCUGGUCCUCCCGUGGCUCUUUCUCCUCGUUUGACACGACGGACGAGGGCCCGGUGUACUGCCUGCCGCACGAGGAGGGCGCGUCGGAGAGCCGGGAGCGGAGCCAGUGCAGCCCCCGGGCCUCGGCCCCGGCGGAGCCCCCCGCCCGCAGAGAGGUCGCCUCGUCCAGCAGCGAGACGGUGCUGCUGCGUUCGUCGGACAGCGAGCAGUCGGGGGGCUGGGAGCCGGGCGCGGCGGGGCCGGGGGCGGGCCCGGGGCCGGGGGCCUGCCCGCUCUACGCCCGCGUCGCCCGCUCCGCCCAGCCGGCCCGCGACCACGACGACGAAGCCGUCGGGGGUCCCGGGGGUCCCGGCCCCGGCAAGCCCCCGCCCCCUGACCCCGCCACCAAGCCCAAGGUCUCCUGGAUCCACGGCGGGGCCUCGGGGCGACCCCCCGACGCCCCCAGGACCGGCCGGCCGGAGCGGACGCCGGGCUCCGGGGGCGGCGACCCGAUCCCCGCCGGCGGCAGCCCCGGCCAGGCGCGGCCCCGGCCCGAGGGCCCGCAAGCGCCGUCGCCCCCCGAGGCGGCGGCGCCCACCGCGCUGCUCGCGGCCCCGCCGAGAGCCUCGCUCCCGCCGCCCGCCGCCCCGAGGCCCGAUCCGGCCGGGCCGGAGGACUCCAGCCUCAGCUCGGAGCCUCCACGGAAACGGACUCCCAUCCAGAAACCCCCGAGGAAGAAGAGCCGCGGGGCCAGCGGGGAGCCCCCCCCGCUCGCCCCCUAGUAGCCCCCCGCCGGCGGCGGGGCGGGCGGGUCCGUCCCCACUCCUCCCCGCCCCCCGAUCCUCCCUCCUUGGCCCCCAUCACCGCCCCACUCACCGGGCCCGUCCACCGCUCCUUCUCCUAAAGUCAGGGGGAUGGAGGGGGGCGGAGUAGGUGGGGAGGGGCUCCGGGGGCCCCAGGAGGUGAGGCGACCCCCCCCACCCCUCCUUCUCCCGUCCCCCCCCCCCCCCCCACACCUUGUAUCAGUAUUAGCGAUGGCCGAAGCUUCUCUUUCCAGACGUCUUUGACCCUUGGGGACCCCCUCCCCCCCAAUCCGGGUCCGGAUCCCAGCCGCGAGGCCAUGUUUUGGGGGGAGGGGGGGGGGACUGCAGGCCAGGGAACCCUCUCCCGCGCAGCAGGGAAGAGACCCGUCGAGAUUCCCUCCCCGUCCACCCGCCCCCGCCACCAGUGCCCCCGCCACCCUCCCGUCCCGCCCAUCGCUUCCAUCCCCCGGGCGCGUUUGGUGGGGCGGGAGCUGCCCCAGGACCCUUCCCCUCCGUUGUCGAGCUGGUUUCGACCUGCCCCCCUCGUCCCCCCACCUCGGUGGUGGGGCCGGGGGCCGGAUGCACCCGGGGACUCAGAAGAGAAUCGUAUUUAUAAAGCCCCAGGGCCGAGCCCGGGCCCGACCCCCGUGCCCUCCCCGGCGUGCGCCCCCCUCUUCCUCCUCCUUCCUCGCCCCUCCCCGCCGCGAAGCCCGGCACCCCCGGGGGACUCCGACCUGCCCCUGUCCCUGCUCGCCGCCGGCCAGGGUCCCUCCGCCAGAGCGGGCGCCUCCGUAGACAGCUUUUUUAAUAAAGUGCAUUUCUUCUUAGA